AUGGAUUUGGAACUAACAACAUUUUCCUCACGUAACAUGACGGGAUCAUCUUCUACCAAUGAUUCAAUCGAUUCAGCAAUUGAGUUUCACUUCCCACAACACAAUUCUUGGAAGUCAAGGAUAAAACAUUGUUUUUACUUGAUAUGGACUGGCCCCUCGGAACCAAGAGAUGAACCAGCUCCCCAAAUAGCGUCUUUAGAUUUUUUAGAGAGUAUUCCAGAUAAGUUUAGAGAGAGAAUAUCGUCACGAUAUCGAAAGGCCUUAUUCAUAUUUUAUAUUCUAUUUUGGUUUGGAUUAUGCUACAAUAUAUUAGUACCAUAUUUUACAGUCCCGCCACAUAUAUCAACUGACCUUAACAUGCAUAUUUAUACUUUAUCUUGCGCAUCACUGCAAGAGUUUUGGAAGGGGAAAAACGGUGCUUGUGGCUUGAAUGGACUGUUGUGUCCAGAAAUUAUAAAUAUGGAGAAUCAAAAAAACAUUGAAAAUGAUAUUUUAAUAAGGUGUCCUGCCUUGUGUGACCGGUCAAGUUGGACAUAUUCUUUAAUUCCAAUCGGAGAUCAAAGAAUCAAGUAUCGUGGGUAUUACAUUGGGGGUGGAGACAAAGUCACCAAGGAAAUAGACGAUGACCAAAUUACAAACCCUUACCGAGCCGACUCUUAUCCAUGUGGUGCAGGCGUUCACGCAGGUGUGAUAUCACCAUUUUGGGGAGGCUGUGCCAGGAUGUCAUAUAAAAGUGGAGAACAAUCGUAUUUUAAAGCAAGUAAAGGUUACUACGGGGUGAGUGAUUCAAUAGAAUUUUCCUCUUUUUUCAAAUUUUCCUUCAUCUUUAAAAAUUUAAAGCUUGGUGGGAAAGUUACAUUUGAUCAAUGCUACGAUCCUAGAUUGAUAAUUCUAUUAAUCAAUAUAAUUUUGGGAAUACCUGUUGUUUAUCUUGCCAGUGGAUCUGUGGCUUAUUGGACAAUUAGUAUUGUGGGCUUUUGGACUAUAUGUUUGGCAACUGAUCCGCCAGUAGAUGUUGACCCCAAUAAGGCUACAGAUUUUUCUCGGUUGUUGUCAGUGGCCAUGGAAAGAUUCUUACCAUCAUGUUGUGUAUUGUUUGUGUUGUGGCACGUUUCUGCGAAACGUACUUUAUCUGAUUUACCUUUAAAUUCCAAUACCAAAAUUUCUUAUAUGAGUAGAAUCCUUUUAUGGUAUCCUUUAUUUUGGCUUGGCGUACUUAACAAUAUGACUUUUGAUAGAUUGCCAGUGGACAGGUUAACUAUAAGCGAUUUGAAAGAGCAACCAGGUGCAUUAUUGGCCGUUGGAUCGAUAAUUCUUACAAUUACCACUUGUGCUUUUAUUCAAGCAUAUAAGAUUUGGCUAUCAGGAAGAUUCAAAAAGUAUUUGUUUGUUUAUUCGUUGUUUAUUCUUGGAUUGGUGUUUUUGGCACAACUACCUGGAUUGACUUUGCGGGUUCAUCACUACAUACUAGCAAUGCUAUUGAUUCCUGGAUGUGCAACUCGCGGAAGGACUGCUCUAAUGUUCCAAGGAAUAUUACUAGGGCUUUUUCUUUCUGGUGCCGCCCGAUGGGGAUUAGCAGCCAUUGUUGAAACAGCAGAAUCCUUACGACGAGAUGAUCCUAGAGGAAAUAUUAUUCCUCCUAUCUUUACUGGAUACAAUAAUGCUACUGGGAUAUUGGAAUGGACCAGCAUACCAGCAGAACUCGAACUAACCAAAAUCAAAUCGAAAUUGUAUGAAAAAUACAGUUCAAUAUCGCUUUUGGUUAAUGACAUAGAAAGGUUUGUUGGCAAUAAAGCAAAGUCCAUCAAUUUAAAGGAGUUGCUCACAAGUUCCAAUGAGUUAGCAGAAGAAAUUAAACGAGCAUUGGUUGACGGUGUGAAAGAUGAGAAUGGCGACAUAGUGGUGUAUUUAAGAAUUGGUCGGAAAAUUCCCAAUACGCACUAUUAUAGUGAUUUCUCCAAUGCGGCUACAUUAAAAUGGCCGAGCGGUGAGUUGAAACUACCUCUUCCUGGAAUAACAUAG